UUUUUGUAGUUCCUGUGGUGUAAACUGUCAUUCCGAGGACUGCAUUAGUUAGCUAGAAAUACUCUGUUGAUAAUCCGUCUAUUAGUCCUCUUUCCCUCGAGCUGGUGGUACAGUUCAAGACAUUGGACUAACAUUUCCUGAGUGUUGGGUGCACUGUUCUAGCUAGUUAGUGAAUUUAGCGUUAACCAACAGCUAGCUUGUUAGCAAGCAACAGAGAGCAAACCAACUUGACAGUAGUUAGCUAUAAAAUAUUUCCCUAGCACACUGCCUAUGAGCUAGAUAGCUUGCAGCAGUAACGUUACCUACUUCUACACGGCAACCCCCAAGCACAGAACAACGGUAAGUACGUGAAUGAAAUCAUGUAUUUUUAGUUAGCUGAGUAUGAUGCCGUGUUCACAACAACUGGGAACUUAGAAAUCUCCGAUUUCAGUGUAUUCAGGACAACUGGGAACUCGGGAAAAACAAACUCGACUGGGAAAAUUCGUUUUGAACGGUCAUCCAACUCGGAAUUCCAAGUCGGGAACUCGGGCCUCUUUUUAGAGCACAGACUUUCCGACUGAAGAUCAGUGACGUCAUGAUUCGUUCACUUUACGGGUCAUGGACCGGUGUCCCGCGGCUCAGCAUAAUCGAAUCCGCCCACUGAUUUAGCUACCAGAGGGUUGUACUUGUCAGGCACAGCUGGUUACCUAGCUGCAUACUUUGUUGGCUUGUCAAAUGUACAUUUACGUCAUUUAGCAGACGCUCUUAUCCAGAGCGAUUUACAAAUCUGAGUUAGAGAUGGGAUCUGUCUGCAUGGUGACUCAAUCCUGCAAGCUAAGGUCACUGUCAGCUAAACUAAAACUACGUGUGAAAACCUCUACCGCCACCUUUCUCUCUUGUAUCAAUGACAUGAAUCAAUUGCUGUAGAUAGGUGAGCCUUCCACGGGAUCAGUUAGUAGCUAGUGGUUAGUGACUUAACAAGCAUUGUUAUUUUCCAGUCUACAGACCAGAGACCAUCUUCUAGCAAAGUGUGUGUGAGACAGAGGAAGGUAACUGCCAAAAUAAAGGAAACACCGACAUAGUGUCUUAAUGAGCGUUGAGCCACCAGAACAACGUAACGUGCCUUGGUAUAGAGUCUACAAGUGCCUGGAACUCCAUUGGAGGGGUGCGACACCAUUCUUCGUUGAGAAAUUACAUCAUUUGGUGUUUUGUUGAUGAUGGUGGGAAACGCUGUCUCAGGCACUGCUACAGAAUCUCCCAUGAGUGUUCAAUUGAGAUCCCCUUUGCCUUGUAAUUCUGUUACCAAAAAACCCACAUACUGUAUCUUUAAGAUAUUUUAUAAUUUCUCUCCCUCAUGAGGAGGGAGACUAAUGAAAGUUCACAAAGUAACAAGUAAAGGUAGACCUACCAAUUAGUGUUUUUACUGAUAUCAAGUUUGUUUAUUAAUUAGUAAUGAAAUUACUGCUAUUGAAUUAGCUACUAUGGGAAAUCAUAGUAGUCACAACCACAGUUGUUUCACCUUCUACUGUCCUCCCUUCCACUGGCAUACUGUUAUGUUCAGCUCAUAACUGUUUUUUUCCCCCUCUCUGUUGUCUGGUGGUCAAAGCAAGACUAUGAACAGUCUGGACAAUCCCUCCCUCUCUCAGCCUCUCCCUCUCUCUCUCUGCCGCUCUCUCUCUUUCGUUCAGUUAAUGUCACCUCUCCCCCAUCUACCAUGCCACCUACCCUCUUUCCAUUUUACUGUAACAAGCAUCCUCACUCACUGAGCACCGAUCGACACCGGACCUCCAUGGACGUUGAAAAGUAGCUGAAAUUUGGACAGUCCGCCCUGGCCGGACCAAAUCUGAACCAAACAUAGACGUCUAUGUUUCACAAGUUUGGACAGUACAGUAAAGAAAAGUAGAGUACAGUAGAUCACACAAGUAGAUUACAGUAUACUGUACUGAACAUAUCUACUGAGCUGUAUACUGUGCUCUACUGAGCUCUACUGUACACUGUGCUCUACUGAGCUCUACUGUAUACUGAACUCUACUGAGCUCUACUGUGUACUGUGCUCUACUGUAUACCGUGCUGUACUGAGCUCUACUGUAUACUGUGCCCUACUGAGCUCUACUGUAUACAUUUCAAUAACCAAAAUAUUUGUCAUGUUGUAGCUGACACCCCAUUCUUUCUGCAGACAACUUUUAAUCUUACUUUGGAGCAGAUAUUUGGAAAAUGUGGUUCCAUACAUUUUUGGGGGAUAUUUUACCUUAAUUAUUUUACCAAACUUUGCAUCUGCACAGUUCUUCCAGUAAAUAUGUUUUUGUGAAAUAUUCAGUGUAAAUCGUUCAAAGUAGUUCUUGUGCAUACAGUUUUAUGGUUUGUUAAACUUUGAAAUCUAUGUUUUUUUUUUGGCAUACAUUUCAAAGUGAAAAAUCAGAGUCAAAGCGUAAUUCUGGUACGGUGGCAUUGCCCGAGUAUCGCCCAUGGUCUUCUUAUAGCUACUCAUUUCAGACAUGACAUGCGAAUGUAAAUCUCAAACAGUAUGCUAAACUGUGCCAGCUAUCCGAGAAAGGUUGAGCUUGUUGCGCCACACAGGUAUCCAACCACACUGUUGAUUGUGAAACUAUAGCCUAAUAAUAUACGUUCACACUAGCUACAUAAUUGUCUCCUGAGUGGCGCAGUGGUCUAAAUAGCUGUGCCACUAGAGAUCCUGGUUCGAAUCCAGGCUCUGUCGCAGCCGGCCGCGACCGGGAGACUCAUGGGCGGCGCACAAUUGGCCUAGCGUUGUCCAGGGUAGGGGAGGGAAUGGCCGGCAGGGAUGUAGCUCAGUUGAUAGAGCAUGGCGUUUGCAACGCCAGGGUUGUGGGUUCGAUUCCCACGGGGGACCAGUAUGAAAUUUUUUAAACAAAAAAAAAUAUAUGUAUUCACUAACUGUAAGUCGCUCUGGAUAAGAGCGUCUGCUAAAUGACUAAAAUGUAAAUGUAAAAUAAUCCAGUAGUCCCUUUUGACUAAAGAAUAUUAAAGCCGACGGCCAAACAUUUAAUUUUUUUACCCCUCAGUGUGAGUGCGAAGGAAUGUCCGGAAUGAGGCGGGGCAAAGUUUUUUCCUGAGACAAUUCUAUUACAUAAUUUGUAAGAAAUAAGCCUAUGACCUUCAGUAGGGUCAAGAUGACUUCUUAUUUGGUCAUCCUGGUACUGGUUAAUGUUGUUCUUCCAUGUAGACAACACAAUCUGUUUGUUUGAGAGUACCAAACUGCAUGUGAUUGCUUUUGCUCUCUAAGCAAGAUGGUGGUUAGUGUGUGUACACGUGACUUUUUCCCUUUCAGCCCUGGGAUGGAAGCCCACAGCUCAAGCCGGUCAAGCCUGUCCAGGAAGAGGAGGAGAGAUGGAUCCAAGGGAGAGGCCGAGGAGGUAGAGCGGCCAGGGAAAGUCCCAAGAUCCACUGUGGUGAGUGAGGAAGAGAGAGGCUUUGUGUGUGUGCAGACCUCGUUUAUGGGGAGUUGUGUGUUGGGUAAGAUAGGCAAGUGAGUAAUAUGAUUCGUAUGAAGGAAAACCUUAUCUCAUUGUUGUCAUGGUAAUAAUGUGUGUACCUACACUAGGGUUUAAAAGAUCCCGCCCUCUUUGCUGAUGAGCUGGAGUCGGCUGAGGACACUCCAUACCUGCGAGUCAGUAUGGAGGAGGCCAAGAGGGGAACUCCAUGUGAGUCACGCACACACACGGUCUAAUACUCACUGAAAAACAACCUCUUAUUCACUCACCCCAAAUCUACCGUUCCAAAGACUUGAACAGUUCUGAAAAUGUAUAGAACAGGGGUAUUCAACUCUUACCCUACGUGGUCCGGAGCCUGCUGCUUCUCUGUUCUCAGUGGUGUAAAGUACCUAAGUCAUUUUCUUUUGGUAUCUGUACUUUACUAUUUACAUUUUUUGACACCUUUUACUUCACUACAUUCCUAAAGAAAAUGAUGUACUUUUUACUCCAUACAUUUUCCCUGACACCCAAAAGUACCCGUUACAUUUUGAAUGCUUAGCAGGACAGGAAAACAUUCAAAUUCACACACUUAUCAGGAGAACAUCCUUGGUCAUCCCUACUGCCUCUGAUCUGGCGGACUCACUAAACACAUGCUUCGUUUGUAAAUGGCCUGAGUGUUGGAGCGUGCCCCUGGCUAUCCGUAAAUAAAAAAAUAAAAAAAUAGUGCCGUCUGGUUUGCUUAUGUAAGGAAUUUGAAAUUAUUUUUACUUUUGACACUUAAGUAUAUUUGAGCAAUUACAUUUACUUUUGAUACAUAAGUAUAUUUAAAAUCAAAUACUUUUAGACUUUUACUCAAGUAGGAUUUUACUGGGUGACUUUCACUUUUACUUGAGUCAUUUUCUAUUAAGGUAGCUUUACUUUUACUUAAGUAUGAGAAUUGGGUACUUUUUCCACCACUGUCUGUUCUGCCUGAUAAUUAAUUGCACACACCUGGUCUCCCAGGUCUAAAUCAUUCCCUGAUUUUAGAGGGGAACAAUGAAAAUAUGCAGUGGAACUAGCUUCAAGGUCCAGACUCCAAAGUUGAGUUUGAGGGGUAUAGAAUGUUGCUCUAAUGAAGUGACUUGUGAUUGGCUGUCAUCACCAGCAUGUCCCUCCUCUCUCCCACAGUUCAUAGGCCGGUGCGGGUGUAUGCAGAUGGGAUCUUUGAUGUGUUCCACUCAGGCCACGCCCGGGCUCUCAUGCAGGCCAAGGGCCUCUUCCCCAACACACACCUCAUUGUGGGCGGUGAGUGUCUCACUCUGGCUGUGUCAACCUUUCUUCUCAACAUGUCUUGAGUGCCUUCCUGACAGUUUAAUGUCUGUCUAUUUGGUCCUUCAGCAGAAAUUGUUUUUCAGAGAAUUAACUUUACAUAGAUGGUGCUUAAUUAAGUAAAGUACUAGUACUAAUUCAAGUGUAUUCGAUUUCCCUGAACCUCUGUGCUUCUCUUCAUCAUGUCUCAGUGUGUAGUGACGACCUGACGCACAAGUUCAAGGGGUUUACAGUGAUGAACGAGGACGAGCGCUACGAUGCAGUCAGCCACUGCCGCUACGUGGACGAGGUCGUCAGGAACGCGCCCUGGACGCUUACGCCCGAAUUCCUCGCCAAGCACCGAGUGAGUGUGCAAAAGAAAGUUAGAGGGAGGGAGGGAUGGGGGGGGGAAUGGAAAGCAAUGACAUGCUGAUUGGUCUGAUAGAAGUGUAGUGUUCAAAGGGUAUGUAUUAGAGUAUGUACACUGAACAAAAAUUAUACAUGCAAUAAUUUCAAAGAUUUUACUGAGUUACAGUUCAUAUAAUUCCUUAGGCCCUAAUCUAUGGAUUUCACAUGACUGGAAAUACAGAUUAUGCAUCUGUUGGUCACAGAUACCUUUAAAAAAAAGGUAGGGGCGUCAAUCAGAAAACCAGUCAGUAUCUGGUGUGACCACCAUUUGCCUCAUGCAGCAAGACAUCUCCUUCACAUAGAGUUGAUCAGGCUGGUGCUUGUGGAAUGUUGUCCCACUCCUCCCCAAUGGCUGUGCGAAGUUGCUGGAUAUUGGUGGUAACUGGAACAUGCUGUCGAUCCAGAGCAUCCCAAACAUGCUCAAUGGGUGACAUGUUUGGUGAGUAUGCAGGCCAUUUUCAGUUUCCAGGAAUUGUGUACAGCUCCUUGCGACAUAGGGCCGUGCAUUAUCAUGCUGAAAUAUGAGGUGAUGGCGGCAGAUGAAUGGCACGACAAUGGGCUUCAGGAUCUCGUCACGGUAUCUCUGUGCAUUGAAAUUGCCAUCGAUAAAAUGCAAUUGUGUUCGUUGUCCGUAGCUUAUGCCUGCCUGCCCAUACCAUAACCCCACCACCACGAUGGAGCACUCUGUUCACAACUUUGACAUCAGCAAACCACUCGCCCACACGACACCAUACACGCCGUCUGCCAGGUACAGUUGAAACCGGGAUUAAUCUGUGAAGAGCACACUUAUGCAGCGUGCCAGUGGCCAUCGAAGGUGAGCAUUUGACCACUGAAGUUGGUUAUGACGCCGAACUGCAGUCAAGUCAAGACCCUGGUGAGGACGACGAGUAUGCAGAUGAGCUUCCCUGAGAUGGUUUGUGAUAGUUUGUGCAGAAAUUCUUUGAUUGUGCAAACCCACAGUAUCAUCAGCUGUCCGGGUGGCUGGUCUCAGACGAUCCCGCAGGUGAAGAAGCUGGAUGUGGAGGUCCUGGGCUGGCGUGGUUACACGUGGUCUGCAGUUGUGAGGCCGGUUGGACGUACUGCCAAAUUCUCUAAAACGACGCUUAUGGUAGAGAAAUGAACAUUCAAUUCUCUGGCAACAGCUCUGGUGGACAUUCCUGCAGUCAGCAUGCCACACCUGUCAGGUGGAUGGAUUAUCUUGGCAAAGGAGAAAUGCUCACUAACAGGGAUGUAAACAUUUGUGCACAACAUUUUAGAGAAAUAAGCUUUUUGUGUGUAUGGAACAUUUCUGGGAUCUUUUAUUUCAGCUCAUGAAACAUGGGACCAACACUUUACAUGUUGCAUUGAUGUUUUUUGUUUGUGUAUAUUUGUGUGUGUGAUGUCAUCCGUCUCUCGGUCACCCCGAUAACCCACCAGAUCGACUUUGUUGCCCAUGAUGACAUCCCAUAUACAUCAGCAGGCCAGGAUGACGUUUACAAGCACAUCAAGGAGGCGGGUGGGUACCAUGACAACCAGCAGGAAUGACAACCAUGAACGUCCUGGUACCCUGUGUCUGUCACGAUGACCCUUUGCCCUUUUGACCCCUUGUGCCUCCAGGCAUGUUUGCGCCCACCCAGAGGACGGAGGGCAUCUCCACCUCGGACAUCAUCACGCGCAUCGUCCGCGACUACGAUGUGUACGUGAGACGCAACCUGCAACGUGGCUACACUGCAAAAGAGCUCAACGUCAGCUUUAUAAAUGUGCGUUAACACUUCAUGUUGCUAUCAUUCUUAUUAGUAGUAAUGAUGGUAUUUGGUUGUGAUUAUCAUGUGAUAACUAGCAAUAGUUGAGGUAGCCAUCGGUCUAUUUGGCAGAGGACAGUAGAAGCAGAAUUAAUUGAAGUAGUUGAAUGAAAGCGGCUAAGAAAUGUUUACUAGUCUAGUGCAUCCUCGCUUGCCAAGGUCUGGAUUUAUGACUCUGCACUGGUAUGACACUGUGCCCCUGUCCUUCAGGAGAAGAAGUACCACCUGCAGGAGCGUGUGGACAAAGUGAAGAGGAAAGUGCGUGACGUGGAGGAGAAGAGUAAAGAGUUUGUGCAGAAGGUGGAGAACAAGAGCAUCGACCUCAUCCAGAAGUGGGAGGAGAAGUCACGGGAGUUCAUCGGCAACUUCCUGCAGAUGUUCGGCCCUGAGGGAGCACUGGUGAGAACUUCUGUUCUCUCUCUCUCUGUGUGUGGUGUAAGGUAGACUAGAAUGGUGUAUUUUGUGGCAAUCCUAAUUUCCUGCUCUGGGCAAUAAUAUAGUGAUGAGUGUGGUUUUCCAUGGAAGAUUUGUAUCGUGCUGUAGAUCAGUGAGCACGGGCCAACAUGGAUUUAUUGGUUCUAUAGCCUAAGAACAACCAAUGAACUUGUAAUCUUGACUGAGAUGCCACCUUCUCCUUCUCUGUAGAAGCACAUGUUGAAGGAGGGCAGGGGCCGGAUGCUGCAGGCCAUCAGCCCGAGACAGAGUCCCAGCAGCAGUCCCACCCGUGAGCGCUCUCCCUCCCCCAUCUUCCGUAUGCCUUUCUUAAACAAGGCCUUGGCCUCAACCCACCACAGCGCAGCACGGGGAUACCCCAUCAGUGAGGAUGAUGAUGAGUCUGACGAAGGUUAGGGCUCCCAUUUCUCGGUUUGUUAAUCCUGCUCCUCGGUCCAUCGACAGUAUCAGCGUUCAAGCCCCUCCAACCAAUCAUCAGUAUGUCCAAUUAUCUGUACAGCGUUGUCCUGCACUUCAUUUUUUUUCAAUUACUGGUGUCCAUUCCAUAUGUAAUGUACCUCAUCAGUCAGAAGGGGGUUAAUGCGCAAUUAGUUUGACAGCUAAUGUUGCAUUUCUCACUGAUAGAACAUUUGCUGAUAUUUCGAUGUACGCUUCCUUCCUUAUAACCUUAGUAGGUAGAUUUUUUAUUUUGUUAACCAUGAGUCUAGUGGGGAAUUCCGUUUUGUGUUGUCUGCUAUAUAGGUUGAGGGGUGUUUGGUGCACUGUUACAUUCCUCCACAGAUGA